AUGGUCCCCAAACCCAGCGCCAUCGGAACCGUCGCCGCCAUGCCCACAUCGCCGGCCCGGACACCGGCUCUCGCCAACCCGCCAGCCUCCUCCUCCCGCGUAUCCCUCCAGCACGAGCGCCUCCUCCUCGAGCUCCUCCCCUUCAAAGACGCCACAAAGUUCCACGACUGGCUCGACAGCAACUUUGUCCGCGGACCCUGGAACGAGUUCAACGCAGACUUCCUCUCCCGCGCCAUCGCCGACGUCGCCGCCGCGGGCCCCACCGGCGGCCUACCGCCCGGUCCCAGCGCCGUGCCGGAGCCGGACAAAACCCGCACGGCCCAGGCGGCGCGGGAGGCGCUCAACGGCCGCAAGGCCAAGUUCUGCGUCUACCGCCCGGACAAGAGCGCGUGGACGGCCGAGGACCACCACGUGCGCUUCAUCGUCACGCUCGUCGCGGACAACAUGCUGCAGAACCUGUGGUACGAGUCCGAGUGGAAGAAGAAGGGGCUCGACAUUGCAAAGGCGGCGUACGAGGUGCUCAUCUUCCUCAAGGCCACCAUGGUGUACGCGGACCCGAAUCCGCCGAGUUACUCGGCAUGA